CGAAACAAAACAGACACGUCAAUUAUUAAAAAUUAAAUCACAAAAAUGGAAAGUUUAUACCACAAAACAAACAAACUGCUCCAAGAAACCCAACAACUACUCCAAAAACUCAACAGCAUCGACGAUUCACACACUGAAAAUGACAUUCUCAAAAACAUUGACGAAAUAAAAGGAAAUUGCGAAAAGUUGGACUUUUUUGUGCUAAAAGUUCCCGUGGAUCAACGACAAAAUGCAAAAAUGCGAGUGGAUCAACUGAAGUACGACGUGCGGCAUGUCGAAGCUGCUGUCCAAAUAUUUCAGCAAAAACAAAAGAGACGAAUAGACGAAGCCUCGGAGCGAGAACAGCUGCUAAGUCGACGAUUUUCUCCAAAUAAUGUCGAGACAGCGAUCAAUUUGGACUUUUCGUUGCAGCAACACAGUCAAAUGCAGUUUGCCCAUCAAGGCGUCGAUGAAAUGUUAUUUACGGGAAAUAGUGUUUUGGAUAAUCUGCGAUCACAGAGAGACACAUUGAAGAAUGCCAGAAAUAGAAUUUUCGAUAUUGGCAAUACUUUGGGCAUCUCGAAUCAUACGAUGAUGUUGAUUGAACGGAGGGUCAAACAGGAUAAAUGGAUAAUGAUUUUAGGAAUGGUCGUGACUCUUGCCGUCAUUUUUAUUGUUUAUUUGUAUUUAACAUAAAAGAAGCAUUUUAAAAAAAAUAAAAUUCCUUUGUUUAAAAAAUUGGGAAAAAAAUAAUUAAAUAAAUUUUUAAAAAAUAAUUUUAUUAAAAUAUUUCAUAACCUGUUGAUAAAUAAAGCCUUUUGAAAUAAAUUUAAAUAUACCUAAAUAUUAAUUCUUAUAAUUCGCAAUUUUUUCUUUAAAAA